ACGCGCAGAGGGCUUGACCGGGCCUUCUGGUGCCGGGCUAGUCGGGGUGAGGGGUCCCCGGAUCUCGCGAGAGUCGCGACGCCAGUCCGAGGGGCACAGUCGGAGAGGCACAGUUGCAAGCAUGGCUACCCCGCCUGGGGUCCCGCCGCUGCGGGUGCUGGAGGCGCUGGGCAUUGGCUUGUCACCCACGGGCGAGAUGACAGAGGCGGUGACCGCUGAGGGCGCCUACUACCUGGAGCAGGUCACUAUAACUGAAACGUCGGAAGAUGAAUGUGACUAUGAAGAGAUACCAGAUGACAAUUUCAGCAUUCCGGAAGGAGAAGAAGAUUUGGCAAAAGCAAUUCACAUAGUUGGAGAACAGGCCAAAGAUAUCCAUAUUUUGGGACAACAAACCAUUCUUCCUUCAAGGCAUGUAAUGCAAGAAGCCAUAGAAGAUUUUCUCUGCAAUUUCCUGAUCAAAAUGGGCAUGACUAGAACUCUGGACUGCUUUCAGGCCGAAUGGUAUGAGUUAAUACAGAAGAGAGGCACUGACCUUAGAGCGCUUGGUAAUGUUCCAGAUGUCUACAGCCAGGUGAUGCUUCUAGAGACUGAGAACAAAAACUUGAGGAAAGAAUUGAAACACUUCAAACAGGCAGCAGAAAAGGCCAAAGAAGAUCUGAUGAGAACACAGAAGGAACGGGACUUCCAUCGUAUGCAUCAUAAGCGCAUGGUACAAGAAAAGAACAAGCUCAUUGCUGACCUCAAAGGGCUGAAAUUGCAUUAUGCAUCUUACGAACCAACUAUAAGGGUGUUACAUGAGAAGCAUCAUGCUUUACUGAAGGAGAAAAUGCUGACCUCUUUGGAAAGAGAUCGAGCUGUUGGGAAGAUUUCUGGGCUUCAAGCAACACUGAAGAACAUAGACAUAGGAAAUAUUCAGGUCCCUGUAAUUAAAGGAUCAUAUGAAACUGCUUCUAUCACAAGAGAGCUGGGAGACAAAGCUGGUCCCAGUUGUGAGAAAGAAAACAGUUCAGAAGGCCCUACUCAGAAAAGUCUUCAUGAAGCCAGGGAAGAAAAUGGAAAUAAAACAAAGAUGAAGAAUGAUAAAAAGCCAUCUUCAACAGAGUUCAAGAGGGCCCAACCGAGUCCAACAGAGUCUUAUAUGCUCAGUACAAGAUCAACAUUGCUCAACUCAACUCCAUCCUUCCAUCAGCAGGAGUGGAGAGGGAACUCUCUAACUUGGAAUAAGAUCACACCUCAACAGGGCUCCAUUAGCAAACGACAGCAAAGUACAGGGACACUCAGAAUAAGACCACCGAGGACCUCUUGUCUCCAUCAGCACAAGUCAAAUGGAAGAUCCUGAGCAAUACAUCUUCCUAACUUUUCCCCCCUCCAUCAUGUCUUUUGUCAAUACCCAUACUCUUCUUCCUCGUUCUUUUUGGACUCCUGAAGGAGCCCAAGACUCCCAGAUCAACAUUUACUUUUAGAAUCUUGAUCUCACCAUUUUGCCUUUUCUGACCCAAUCUCUCUUUUACUUUUGAAACUACUUAUACUUAGUAGACUCAAGGUCAUUUUUCAUGUUCUGCUAUAAUGUUCCCCCACUCCUCCACCACUGGAAAUCUAGAGGCUGCUAGUAAUAGUUGUGCUGCUAGUGAAGUUCUGGCAAUGCUUAGCAAUGGGUUCUUUUUUUUAAAAAGAGUCUGGGGAGGAGUAUUAGAAACAUAACAUAGCAGUUGAAGCUGCAGUCUAACUUUACCGAAUUUGAGCUGGAGACUGGUAAUCACAGUCAGGCUCCUGAGCCAGCUCCACCAUACUUUGUCUUGAAUCACCAUUUAAGGUGUCUGUUUUCUCUGUUUUCACUCAGUGCACUGGACCUCAGCCUUAAGUUCUGUUCUCUCUCUUUUGCUAUUUCCAGUCCUGUUUCUUACUGCUUUCAUAAAUUCCUUUCUUGAGUCUCACUUUGAUCACAUUACCCCACUCAGUAAUUGUUUAUUACAGGCACAUUUUUUCUAGUUAUUUUUUAGAAAUGGAAUAUGAUGAGUCCUUGAGACGUUGCCAUUUUUUUCGUUUCUCUGCCAUGCGCUUCAUGAUUUAAAUGUUCUCAUGGAUAAUUGUUCCAACACUAUAGACUUUGAACAUUUUGACAUUUGUCCCAGUGACUCCACUUUAUCCUUGUCAGCCACUCAUUCUCACAGCCAUUUCUUAGACCUUGUUGCUGUUCACAAAUGACUCUUGUUUUCAUUUACUGUUUGUGCCUUACCUCCUGAACCCUGCAGGUAGACCAGCAUUCCAUUUUUUUAUAUGCCUUUGUCACUCCAUACUGACGGUGGGACUUUGAGUUUUACCAACAAAUUCUUGCCCAUAGUUUACCCAUAAAUUCAUGACUGUUGUGAUCCCAGGACAUUAUCUGGGAUCAUUUCUUCUCUAAGUUCUGAGUUUAAGUACCCAACAGCCCUCUUGACAGCUGACCAUAUACUGAUUUCCUGACACAGUUGUCUUUAUUUACUUUUUCCCAUGUGUUAGUAGAAAUGAUGCCACCCUUCCUGUCCCUUAGGCAAAACGCCUCGGCAGUUAUCCUUGAGAUCCUGAGGUAUCUCUGUCUGACUGUCCUCACAUUUCAUAUGAAAUGAAAUUAUUUUGUCAUAUUUUGAAAAUUAUCUUUCAUCUUUUUUUGUAACCCCAGCACUUGUGUGCCUUCCCGCCUCCUCCCUGUCUCCAGCCCUCACACCUCCUUGUGUGAAUGUGUCCUUCAUCCGUAACUAAGAUUAUUGUAGAAAUCUCCUAGUCUCUGCUUUUGUCAUUAUUGUCCUGUGUAUGCAGUAGCUAGAGCCAUCAUUUUAAAAGUCAUCAAUCCUGUACAUUUCUUUCCAAAAGUCUUUUCGGUGACCUCCUAGCUUAUUCUUAGUCACAGGGAAUCCCAGACACAAUGGCUUCCAAGCUCUGUGUGUUGUCACCAUUUACCUUCCUUCUCUUUUCUCCUGCUACAUAUCGCACACACAGUCUAGCCUUCCAUGACUUUCUAUGACACUAUCUGUGGCAUUGGCUUUUGGAGCUCCCACUGUUUGGAUUGCUCCAUC